AUGCCUCCUGAAAAGCAGAUUGUUUUGUGUGAAUUGUUGCAUCAGGCUUGCAAAACCAAUGAAGAUCUGGCUCACUUUGACUGGCUUCAUCAACAAGAUGUUAUUCCUGGUGUCACUGACAAUGGCCAAGGAUCCAACAUAGAGGUGAACACAGAACCUGCACCUGAGCCCACUGUGUUUUGGCCCAUGAAUAUGGAUCUCAAGCUGCCAGCCAGCACCAUCAGUGCAGAUGACAAAGUGAAUGUUGCUCAACCUGCCACUGACUCCAACAACAACAUCAAUGAUAUCUGA